GUUGCGCUAGAUCGCCGGCCAGGUAGUAGCUUCUUGUUUUCAACAGCAUUUCAUUCCCUUGACAUGAGCAGAAACACCUGCAGGGACACGAGGCAGGAGGGAGGCCUCCUGGCCAACUAAAUCGAGUCAACGUGCCUCCCUGGCUUGCCAACAUUUCUUCCUAGCUCUCCUGAGCCCAAUUUACUUACCACCAAUUGUGUGCAUGCUUUACGCCCAUCCCCCUCAUUAAUACCUUGCCUUUUAAGCACUCUUUCCUUGCUUGCAAUUCCGAACUUUACACUUCUACACCUGCCGCCGGUCUGUCUCUCUCCCCUUCUUUCUUCGGUUCUUCCUCUCAUCCUCUAGCCCAUAUCUCACUCUCCAUCUCCCAAGCGAGGAGAGCAUGCCUCUAUGUCCACAGAGAGGGAGAGACUCGAUGAGAUCGGCAAGAAGAUCAAGCGAGAGCCGGACGGCGCCGCCGCCGCCGCCGGAGGUUUUGUAGUGGCCUCCUCAUCCUCACCGGUCGACCACCACGUGUCCCGGCGCAUGGUCCUCGGCGGCGCCCCCAACACCGCGACCCCGUGCGCCGCGUGCAAGCUCCUCCGCCGGCGCUGCGCCCACGAGUGCCCCUUCGCGCCCUACUUCUCCCCGCACGAGCCCAACAAGUUCGCCGCCGUCCACAAGGUCUUCGGCGCCAGCAACGUCUCCAAGAUGCUCCUGGAGGUGCCGGAGGCGGAGAGAGGCGACGCGGCGAACAGCCUGGUGUACGAGGCGAACCUGCGGCUGCGGGACCCGGUGUACGGCUGCAUGGGCGCCAUCUCGGUGCUGCAGCAGCAGGUGAGCGCGCUGGAGGCCGAGCUGGAGGCCGUCAGGGCAGAGAUCUUCAAGCACAGGUACCGCCAGGCCAGCAGCCUCAUGGCCGGCGGAGACGACGCAGGUUUCAUGCAGGCCCCUGCCAUGGCGAUGCCGCCGGUGCACGCCGCGGACGACGACGUGGUGUCCGUGGCGGCGGCGGCUGGCCAAGGCCAAGAUGUAAUAGUGGCCGGCAUUCCGGGGACGCCGCCCACGGUGUAUGCGGCGACCGGACAACAGCCAUCAAGCAGUACUGCUGCUGAUGACUACGGCUCCCUCAACACAAGUGAGCAUGGUGCAUACUUUGGUUGAUCGACAUAUGCAUGGAUUUGUUUGACGUUUUGGUGGUUGAGAUCGAUCGCGAAAUUAAUUAACCCGGGAAUAAUUAAACUGCGUGCAAGUUUAACUCUCUAUAUAUCUCUUGUCUAGAAAUAGAUAUGGCUGUGGAUAACUUGGGUGGAAAAAAUUGUUUAGUGAUGUAUCUGUCCUUGAUUUCCUUGUAAGUGUCCAUUUGUGCUUGCUCCAUUAACUUGAUUAAUUGGUUUGUGUGUGCUUAUUCUUUAGCCUA